CAGCCCGCCCUGGCAGGGUUUGGGGCAGCACCGGGCACUUUGCAGGGGGAAUUUGCCCCCAGAGCCAGAGUCAGGCUGGGUUUGAGUUCCCCUCUCUGGGCAGGGAUUCAGAAAAGGCUGGAAAUCCCAGUGCCAAAAUUACAUUCCCAGGUGAAUUCCUGCUUUUCCCUGAGCUGGAACAUCUGGAGGGGUUUCCAGCCAGCCCAGGGACCUCUGUGAGGCGAGGAGGCUGCUUGGGGAGGCAGGUGGGGGGGUUGUGUCUCAAUUCCAGGCCAAAUUCCAGGGCUGGAGCUCCAGAGCGGCCAGUGGGGAUCCCUGCGGGCCGGGACUGCCCCUCCCGGCUCUGCUCUGCCCUGGGGGCACUGCCAGGCAGCGGCACUUGGCUUUCCUGGGGGGUGCCACCCGCGGCUCCUGCCCCGCCAGGAAUUCACUGCCAGCUUUCAUUGGCACGAGAAUCCAGCGGGACUUGGCAGGGAUGGCUCUUGCAGUCCCGGGGAUGGCACCUCCAGCCCCAGGGAUGGCACCUCCUGUCCCGGGGAUGGCACCUCCAGCCCCAGGGAUGGCACCUCAGGGAGGCUUCAGGAGGAAGGACACGUCCGGGGAGUUGUGACAUGCCCAGGGAGGUGUGAUUGUGCCCAGGGAGGUGUGACCAUGCCCAGGGAGCUGUGAUUGUGCCCAGGGAGGUGUGACCACAUCCAGGGAGGUGUGACUGUUCCCAGGGAAGUGUGACCAUCUUCAGGCACCAGGAUCCCCCUGCCUGUCCCCAGGGCUGCUCCAGGCUCAGGGCAGGAGUCAUUUCCAUGGAUCAGCUGGGAUUCCCUCCUAUCGAUUUUUUUUUCCCUUUUGUACUCAAGAAAGAUUUUUAUUUUUUGCCGCGUUGCAACACGGCAGACGUGUCCAAACUCCCUGAGAGGAGGCAGCGAGUGGGGACAGACAGGUUUUGACUUUUACAAUGUCCCCAGGGAGAGCAAAGCGUCCCUGGGGACCAAAACGUGUCAGGUUUGUUGUGAUGGAACAACUUCACACGUUCCCAUCAGCCAGAGUGACGCAAGGGAGUGUCCCAGACUGCUGUGUCCCCGUGUGCCCCUGCCUGGGGCCAGGGAGGGCUCAGAGGGCUCUGGGGGGGGGUUAUGGGGUCCGUGCCCAUGUCCCUGUCCCACAGGUGGCCAUGGAGGCUCAGAGGGCUCUGGGGGGGGUGAUGGGUUCCCGUGCCCAUGUCCCUGUCCCACAGGUGGCCAUGGAGGCUCAGAGGGCUCUGGGGGGGGUGAUGGGGUCCCGUGCCCAUGUCCCUGUCCCACAGGUGGCCAUGGAGGCCCCGCCCCGCGAGGCUGAGCCGGGCCAGCAGGAGCAGGAGCUGCGGCAGAUCCUCAACAAGGACAAGAGCAAGCGCAGUGCCGUGGCCAGCACGGUGGUGAAGCAGAAGUUGGCCGAGGUCAUCCUGAAGAAGCAGCAGGCGGCUCUGGAGAGGAGCAGCGCCGCCCCCGCCGCAGCCCUGCCCUACAGGUCUCUGGAGCCCCUGGAGCCCGAGGGUCCCUCCCCUGCCAUGCUCAGCACGUUCCUGUCCCCCGUGCCCAGCACUUCCCUCGACGCCCCCGAGCAUUUCCCGCUGCGGAAAACAGCGUCCGAGCCCAACCUGAAGGUUCGGUGCAAGCCCAGGAAGUGCCUGGAGCGGCGCAAGAACCCCCUGACCCGCAAGGAGAGCGCGCCCCCCUCGCUGAGGAGGCGCCCGCCCGACGCCAUCGACUCGUCCCCCAGCAGCAGCAGCACCCCCGUGUCCGGCUGCAGCUCCCCCAACGACAGCCUGCCCGCCGAGCACGCCGCGCUGCCCGCCCCGGGCGGUGCCCACGAGGCGCCGCUGGCCCAGCGGCUGCUGCUGCAGGAGAGCUCCCUGGCCCAGUUUGCCCUGCAGAGCGCGGCCUCCCUGCCGGCCAUCACCCUGGGCCUGCCGGCCACCACCGGCACCAGGGGUGACACCGAGCGCCGGGCGCUGCCUGGCCUGGCUCACCGGGUCCCGGUGCUCCCGGGCUCGCACGCGCCGCUCUUCAUCCCGGCCAGCCUGGAGCAGCACGAGGCCGGCGCUGCCCUGUCCCCCCGGCUGCAGCCCGUCAUCAUCCUCGAGCCCUCGGUCACCCACGCGCCGCUGGUGGCAGUGCCGGGGCUGGGCACGGUGCCCUUCUCCUUCGCGCCGGCGCUGGUGCCCGCGGAGCGCCUGGCACUGCCCGGGCAGCACAAACCGCUGGGCAGGACGCGCUCGGAGCCGCUGCCCCCCAGCCCCAGCGCCGCGCAGCAGCACCUGCUCUUCCAGCAGCACCAGGCCCACUUCCUGGAGAGGCUGCGGCAGCAAACGCACCUGGGCAAGCUGCAGCGCCUGGCCAAGUCCAGCGAGAAGCCGCGGCUGCGGCAGAUCCCCUCCUCGGAGGACAUGGAGGCCGAGGGGACCGGCCCGGAGGCGGCGGCCGAGGCUGCGGAGCCCAGCAGGGCCCGGGCGGAGCCGGCCCGGCCCGGCGGCAGCGGGAAGGAGCCCGAGAGGACGCACAAGAUGGGGCAGCCGCAGGAGGAGCUGGUCCUGCAGCAGGCCCUCCUGUGGGACUCCUUCCAGCGGGUGCAGCAGCAGCUCCUCAAGCGCCAGCCCUUGGCCGACCCCCCCGUGCUCCCCCCCGGCCACCGGCCCCUGUCCCGGGCCCAGUCGUCCCCGGCCACGGCCACCGUGUCCCUCCCUGCCCAGGACACCAAGGCGCUGGCCCUGCCCGUGCAGGAGCAGCCGCCCAAGCCGCACUUCACCACAGGGCUGGUUUAUGACUCGGUGAUGCUGAAGCACCAGUGCUCCUGCGGGGACAACAGCAACCACCCCGAGCACGCGGGCAGGAUCCAGAGCAUCUGGUCCCGGCUGCAGGAGCGGGGCCUGCGCAGCCGCUGCGAGUGCCUGCGGGGCCGCAAGGCCACCCUGGAGGAGCUGCAGUGCGUGCACAGCGAGCGCCACGUGCUGCUCUACGGCACCAACCCCCUCAACCGCCUCAAACUGGACAACGGCAAGCUGGCAGGGAUCCUGUCCCAGAGGACGUUUGUGAUGCUGCCCUGCGGAGGGGUGGGGGUGGACAGUGACACCAUCUGGAACGAGCUGCACUCGUCCAACGCCGCGCGCUGGGCGGCCGGCAGCGUCACCGAGCUGGCCUUCAAGGUGGCCACCAGGGAGCUGAAGAACGGCUUUGCCGUGGUGCGGCCGCCCGGACACCACGCGGAUCCUUCCACGGCCAUGGGAUUCUGCUUCUUUAACUCGGUGGCCAUCGCUGCCAGGCAGCUGCAGCAGAAGGGGAAGCUCAGCAAGAUCCUCAUCGUGGACUGGGACGUUCACCACGGCAACGGGACCCAGCAGAUCUUCUACAGGGACCCCGAGGUUCUCUACAUCUCCCUGCACCGCCACGACGACGGCAACUUCUUCCCGGGCAGCGGGGCCCCCGACGAGGUGGGCGCUGGCCCCGGCGAGGGCUUCAACGUCAACGUGGCCUGGGCUGGAGGGCUCGACCCCCCCAUGGGUGACCCCGAGUACCUGGCUGCCUUCAGGACCGUGGUGAUGCCCAUUGCCCACGAGUUCUGCCCCGACCUGGUGCUGGUGUCGGCCGGGUUCGACGCCGCCGAGGGCCACCCGCCCCCCCUGGGGGGCUACAAAGUCUCUGCCAAGUGUUUUGGCUACAUGACCAAGCAGCUGAUGAGCCUGGCAGGGGGGGCCGUGGUGCUGGCCCUGGAGGGGGGGCACGACCUCACGGCCAUCUGUGACGCCUCCGAGGCCUGCGUGUCCGCCCUGCUGGGCCACGAGCCGGAGCCGCUCCCUGAGGACAGCCUGAGGCAGAAGCCCAACGCCAACGCCGUGCGCUCCCUGGAGGCCGUGAUCCAGGUCCAGAGUCGAUACUGGGUGGCCGUGCAGCGCUUCGCCUCCAAGCUGGGCUGCUCCUUCCUCGAGGCUCAGCACCACGAGGCCGACGAGGUGGAGACGGUCACGGCCCUGGCGUCCCUCUCGGUGGCCGUGAUGGUGGAGAAGAGGGCGCAGGAGGAGCCCAUGGAGCAGGAGGAGCCCAUGAGCCAGUGACACUUGGGGACAGUCCCCGGCGUGGCCGGAGCCCCCGGAGGUCCCGAUCCCGUUUGCUCCCCCCGCUCCCGAGGCCCUGGGCAGGCCUGGACUCCUGGAAGGGACAUUCCCACCUCCAACGGGACAGGACCACGGAGAGCCCCGGGCCUGGACCGUGCCCAGGGCCCCCCCAGCUUUGGGACCCCUCGAGGGGGUGAAACCCCCCCAGCCCUGCGGCGCUGACCCCCAACCCCAGGACCCUCCUCAGCAGGAAGGGCUGGACACUGGGAUGGACGCUGGGAUGGACGCUGGGACCACCCUGGGCACGGCUCCAGAGCCCGGGAGGAGCAUCCCGGGGUUUGCUCCAUGGGCUGGGAUCUCCGUGCCCUCCCCAGAGCUUCCCUGGCUCCCCUCGCCCUGCUGGGCACGGGGACAGAGCGGCAGGGACGGGCUGGAGCUCGGGAGCAUCCCCAGGGAGGUUUGGGACAUCCCAAGGAAGGUUUGGGACAUCCCAAGGAAGGUUUGGGACAUCCCAAGGAAGACAUGGAGCGCCCCCAAAGAAGAUUUGGAGCUCCCCCAGGAAAGUUUGGAGCCUUCUGGGGAAGGUUUGGGGCAUCCCAAGGAAGAUUUGGAGUCUCCCAAGGAACGUCUGCAGCCCCCCAAGGAAUGUCUGGAGCCCCCCAAGGAAUGUCUGGAGCCCCCCAGCGAGGGCAGAGCGGGGUCGGGGCGUGGGCAGUGCCCGGGGGUCCCUCCUGCCCAGUUUGCACUAUGGACCCUGCCAGCCCUGGUGUGACCCUGGCUCCUCUUCCCGGGGGAAUUUUGGGACCCUUCCCCUCCGGCCGAGCCCCUUCCAGCCCCCCGAGGCCCUGCCGGGCUGUGGGUCCAGCCCCUGAGCCCCUCCCCAGCCCAGGCUCCCCAAUUCCCACUGGGGAUCCCCCAGGGAUGCCCAAAGCCCCUCGGUCCUGUCCCUGUCCCCGUCCCUGUCCCCGUCCCUGUCCUGGGGUGACAGGGGCAGAUCCAGAGCUCCAACCCGAGCCUUCCACCCCAAUUUCCCUUUUCCCAUUUCCUCAAAAGCCUUCCCUGCACCCCAAGGGUUCCCACCAGGAGCAGGCCCUGUCCCGGGGCUCUGGGGACAGGGGGGACAGGCCUGGGGACAGAGGGGACAGGCCUGGGGACAGAGGGGACAGGCCUGGGGACAGAGGGGACAGAGGCCUGGGGACAGAGGGGACAGGCCUGGGGACAGAGGGGACAGAGGCCUGGGGACAGCGGGGACAGCCCUGGGGACAGCGGGGACAGCCCUGGGGACAGAGGGGACAGAGGCCUGGGGACAGAGAGGACUCAGCCCUGGGGACAGAGGGGGCCCAGCCCUGGGGACAGAGGGGACAGCCCUGGGGACAGAGGGGACCCAGCCGUGGCUGAGCUGGGCGUGGGGCAGCUCCGGCCGCGGGAGGAGAUUUUGUACAAAAACAAAACAAAAAAACCAAAAACAUUUUAAAAGAAAAAAAAAAAGGAA